UCAAGACGGAAAUAUGACGUCGACUGCCAACUGAUCGAGGUGACGUUCCAAAACAACAUUUAUUUUAUCAAAAAUUAAUUUAUUAACAAUACUUUCACCACAUUUUCAAAGAAAUUAAAACGGCGCAAACAUGUUCAUCUGGGAUUGGUUCACUGGUGUUUUGGGCUAUUUAGGUUUAUGGAAAAAAUCUGGCAAAUUAUUAUUCCUUGGUUUGGAUAAUGCCGGCAAAACAACAUUAUUGCACAUGUUAAAAGACGACAGAUUAGCACAACAUGUUCCAACGCUUCAUCCUACUUCAGAAGAACUAUCUAUAGGAAACAUGAGAUUCACAACAUUCGAUCUCGGAGGUCAUCCACAAGCUCGACGUGUAUGGAAGGACUACUUCCCGGCCGUGGAUGCCAUCGUGUUCCUGGUGGACGCCUGGGACAGAAACAGAUUCCCCGAGAGUAAAAACGAAUUGGAUUCGUUAUUGGGUGACGAAACGUUGUCGAAUUGUCCAGUUCUAAUAUUGGGGAACAAAAUCGACAAACCGAAUGCAGCUAGUGAGGACGAACUCAGGGGCUACUUUGCCCUGUACCAGCAGACCACUGGCAAGGGUAAAUUGCCAAGGUCUGAGAUCCCCGGACGCCCCCUUGAGCUCUUCAUGUGUUCCGUGCUGAAAAGGCAGGGCUACGGUGAAGGCUUCCGUUGGUUAGCUCAAUACAUCGACUGAAAAUGGUGAAAAUGAUCCUUAAAAUAAUUUAAAAAAAAGAAAUCACCCCAACAACGAGAACAACACACACACACAUAUAUAAUAAAUACAAACAUACAUAGUGAGCUGCAUUCCCAGUCCCGAGAUUAAAUAAAUAUACUGUGAUGAAUGACUGAAAUUGAAUUUAAAAGUCAACAUUUGAAAUAAUCUUUGUGUGUCGGUGAUUUUUUUAUUUACUUAACAAAUACAA